UGACAGCGAGGCUUCUCCUGGAGGGAAGCGGGUCCGUUGGUCGGUUCGGAACGAGGCUGGCGCUGCCAGGCCCGCGCCUAGCCGUUGCCAUGGCAGCCACCGGCGGGGGCGCGGACGACGAGUCGCGAUCGGGCCGCUCGAGCUCGGACGGCGAGUGCGCGGUGGCGCCGGAGCCCCUGGCGGAAGCCGGAGGCCUGGUGUCUUUCGCGGACUUCGGCGUUUCUCUGGGCAGCGGCGCCGGCCUCCCGGGCCGGGCGGUGGGCAGGGCCCAGUCCUCGCUGCGCUACCUCCAGGUCCUGUGGCAGCAGGACGUCGAGCCUCGCGACGAACUGCGUUGCAAGAUUCCCGCCGGGCGGUUGAGGCGUGCCGCCAGGCCCCACCGUCGGCUCGGGCCCACGGGCAAGGAGGUGCACGCUCUGAAGAGGCUGAGGGACUCCGCCAAUGCCAAUGACGUAGAAACAGUGCAGCAGCUGCUGGAAGAUGGGGCGGAUCCCUGCGCAGCGGAUGACAAAGGCAGAACUGCCCUCCAUUUUGCUUCCUGCAAUGGCAAUGACCAGAUUGUGCAGCUGCUCCUGGACCAUGGGGCCGACCCCAACCAACAGGAUGGUCUGGGCAACACGCCAUUGCACCUGGCGGCCUGCACCAACCAUGUUCCUGUCAUUACCACACUGCUUCGAGGAGGGGCCCGUGUAGAUGCCCUAGACAGAGCUGGCCGCACACCCCUACACCUGGCCAAGUCGAAGCUGAACAUCCUACAGGAGGGUCAUUCCCAGUGCCUGGAGGCCGUCCGUCUAGAGGUGAAGCAGAUCAUCCACAUGCUACGGGAGUAUCUGGAGCGCCUGGGGCGGCAUGAACAGCGAGAAAGGCUAGAUGACCUCUGCACCCGCCUCCAGAUGACAAGUACCAAAGAACAGGUGGAUGAAGUGACAGACCUCUUGGCCAGCUUCACCUCCCUCAGUCUGCAGAUGCAGAGUAUGGAGAAGAGGUAGCGAGGGAGACUGCUCCUUGCUUUGCCGCCACCCUCCUGUCCUCUGAGCUCGCUACCAGGAAAGCCUGGGGAACUCUGGACUUCCCACCUUGCCCUUGCCCUUAGAUGCCGAGGGCAGAACUGACAGUCUGCGUCAUCUCUCUGGGUCAGGACCACAGCCCCUGCUCCUGCUGCAUAAUGCCAGCCGCUGUAGCCACAUUCCAGGCCCACAUGUGCUGUGGUAGCAGACACCACUCCUCCUGUGGCCUCCCUGUGCCCUCAGCACACCUCAGAGCCCUCUAGUUCUUCCCAGCCAUGGGCUUCUAUUGCCUUCAUCUGGCUUUGGGCCGGCACUCUGAGGCCACCCGGGCUGCUUUGGGUCUCUAAGCUUGCCCUGCCCCUUACACCAGCACUUCAGUUUAGCCCUGCUCCUGACUUUCAAGGAAACACUGCACUGCCCGAGGUCUCUGAGCAGAAGAGGGACAUUGCUCAAGAUUAGAAAGGACCCUGUUUAGCCCAAAGAAAGAUCUGCAGCUCCCUCCCUCCCAGUCACCGCAACACUACGAAUGGGGGUCCGUUUCGCAGCCCAGUUCUCAGUGAUCAGUACUGGGGACAUGGGCUCAGGUCCUUAUCCCAGGAUCCUCUAGGCCUUAGGUGUUGUGACAAGAGUCUGUACAGAUAUAUAACUAGAGGUAUGUAGCUGAGAGAUGAUCCUGGGUCACCUAGGAGAGCUGGGUACCACCCCAGGGAGCCCUGGGGAGGAGGAGGCAGGAGGUGACUGGCGCCAUGUGGAUGUGAGGUGUUGAGAAAGAAGCUGGGAGCCGGCAGAGGACAACCAGCGGGGCCCCUCGGAACCUCCAGCAGGGACUGACUGGCUCUGCUGGCCGCUGCGCCAGAGCCCAGACGGACAUGUUUUAGUUUCUGGCCUCCACAAUUGUAAAAAGAAAUCUGUUGGUUAAGCUGGU